AUGGGAAGUAGGGAGAUGGAUAAACCUGCAAAGGAGGCAAAAGAAUUGGCAAAAGAGACACCAACUUCCCAGGAGCAGUCCUCAGGUAAUCCCAUGGGGGCUGUCCCUGAUUGGACGGGUUUUCAGGCUUAUUCCUCUAUGCCUCCACAUGGGUACUUAGCAUCAAGUCCUCAAGCACCUCCCUACAUGUGGGGGGUUCAGCAUCUUAUGCCACCUUAUGGUGCACCUCAUCCGUAUCUUGCUAUGUAUCCCCAUGGUGGCAUGUAUACUCAUCCAUCUAUGCCUCCGGGAUCAUAUCCUUAUCCAUAUGCAAUGCCCUCUCCAAAUGGUGUUGCUGAAGCUUCUGGUAAUACUACACCUGGCAGUGUGGAAGUGAAUGGUAAGUCAUCUGAGGGUAAGGAAAAACUUCCUAUUAAAAGAUCAAAGGGAAGUCUUGGAAGUUUAAAUAUGAUCACUGGCAAGAACAAUGAAUCCAGUAAAGCUGGUGCAUCUGCUAAUGGAUCUUAUCCCAAAAGUGGUGAGAGUGGAAGUGAAGGUUCAAGUGAAGGAAGCGAUGCAAAUUCUGAAAAUAAUUCACAAAUGAAGUCAGGAUCCAGGCAGGAUUCUAUGGAAGGUGAAGAAUCUCAGAAUGGAAACAAUGUGCAUGGUUGUCAAAAUGGAGGGCCAAAUCAUUCAAUGGCGAUUGUGCCAAUAUCAGGUCCAGGAAGUGUUGUAGGUCCCACCACAGGCACAAAUUUAAAUAUUGUUUCAGGGGGAAUGCUUGCUGGCUCAAGGGAAACCAUUCAGCCACAGAUCUGGCUACAGGAUGAAAGGGAGCUAAAGAGGCAGAGAAGGAAGCAAUCCAAUAGGGAAUCUGCUCGCAGAUCCAGAUUACGCAAACAGGCGGAAUGUGACGAGCUGGCUCAACGGGCAGAAGCGUUGAAGGAUGAAAAUGCGUCUCUUAGAGCAGAAGUGAGCCGUAUUAGGACCGAUUAUGACCAGCUUCUUGCUGAGAAUGCAUCCCUUAAGGAGAGACUUGGGGAAACUCCUAAAAAAAAUAAUGAAGAGGGAGAACACAAACAUAGUUGACAGCUGCUGGGGUUUAACCUAACGGAAUGGAACUAGCAAACAGGAAAAAUCUGUGGUUUUACUUAGUAGUAGAUUGAUACUGACCAUUUUUCCUCUUAGAUGGCAGGAUAUUAAUGACAUGAUAUCAAUUGUAUCCAUCUUUUCUGAAUUCAUCUAUCUUUUGAGGUUGUUGAGUGUAGAGUGCCAACACUUCAUGUUCCUAAAAUAGGCUUAGCUUUUUACCUCUCUAGAUUUUUGUAUUUACUAAAUGCAAUCGGAUGGCUUCUACAUUUUAGGUCAAAAUACAUUAUGUUAUAUGACUUCAAAACUUUUCAUCUCAGCUCUUUAAAUUGCAGACGAAAAAUUUUGUUUUCAA